AUGAAGCACUGGCUGUUCAUCUUCAGAAUGAAUCAAGAACUGGCAAUCAAGACAAUCAAGAAAAAUCAAGAUGCAUACUUCGCUUGUCCAGUCUCUGAAAUGAUGUGUGUGGAGCAUCCCACGUGUCUCAACCCCAAGAACUGGCCCAAGGAUCCAGCUGCACUCAACUCUUAUGGGGACACAGAGAUCCAGCUGUUGGCUCAGCACUUUGACAGGCCCUUGACUGCUAAAGGGUAUGUUCCCAAGCAGCAGCAGGAAUGGCUUACUGUGAAGAAACAGAUUGUGAGGAUGCUCAGUUUUGAAGAAAAUCUUCACUUUGUACAGAUGCUGCCAUUGCACCAUGGCUCACUGAAGAAGAACAGGAGGAUUGCUGCAGCUGGAAAGAGAACACAGACAGAGCAGGCAUGGAGCAGUGAUGAAUCUGUGAAUCAAAGAGCACAUUUCAAAGCAGAACCUUCAACUGUGAUGCUGUACAAGAACACAUUCCCGGGAUGGCGUCCAGCCCGGGUAACAUGUGAAGUAUGUUUUCUGGCAGCAGAAGCCCUGAUCCACCCAUGUCUGUGGAGCCUGUCCUGCCUGCUGUCCUUGUAUAUGCCCAUCACAAAGGAACAAGCACAUCCAGAACGUGUGCUGUACAACAAAAUAAUAUGGACCAUUCCGUUUCUGGUGUUGUACGUUUCCAUGUACCCCACUGCCUUGGUAGGCGCCGUUCUGCGUCUGCUGCUGCUUGGUGUCAGGAGGAAAUAUACUUACGUCCAUAAGACCAACGUUGCUAAGCCGGCGCCAACACAGGGAAGCUACAGCAUUGCUUCAAUUAAUGUGUGUCUUUUCCAAGAGUUCCCUAGUCGUAUCAACAAUCUGGAUGAUCCUUCUAGACGGGCAAAGCAAAUUGGUGAGCGUAUUAUCAUUGACCAAUAUUUUUAUAAAGAUUUUCUUCAAAGAAAUGGUCACCAGAAUCCAGAAUCCAGAUACAACCUAAGAUCAAGGAAUCAUAUCCUCCAGGAGCGAGUGUCUGAGAGUAGAGACAUUGAAGCUAGAGUUGAAGCACACUUCCCACAGCUUGACUUCAUCUGUUUCCAGGAAGUGUGGCAGCGUUGUUACGCGCAGCCGUUGAUGGCAGAACUGCAGAAGGUGUUCCCAUAUGUCAUCCAUGACGCUGGUCACUGGAGCCUGAGUUGCAACUACUUCAUGUUCAACAGUGGACUUCUGUUUGCGAGUCGUUAUGAAAUAUUAGACGUGGACUUUAAACCCUUCUUGAACAGUUGCAUGUUUUGUGUGAUAAAUUCCAAAGGGCUGUUGAUGGUUAAGGUGCUCCUCGGCAAGACAGGUGCACACAAGCAGGAUGUCGGCUACAUCUUCUGUACACACCUACAGGCGUACCAAGGAGAACAGAAAGUGACAGACAAGCAACUGGACGAUGUCUUACGAUGGACACAAGAGUUCCGGAGGGAAACAGCAUCCAAACAUGACAACAUCAAGUUGGACUGCAUUUGUGGAGACUUCAACUUUGACAACAUGUCCCCAUGUGACCAUGAGCUGUCCAGCCACCCACUGUUUGACCACUACGAGGACCCCUGUAGAGAGAGGCAAGGUCUGGACAAACCCUGGACUGUAGGAACGGAGUUCCGGCAGAACCGACUGUGGGACGAGGAAGUUUCAACUCCAGAGGGUCUGUGUUCCGUACUGAAGGACCCACUCAUGCGACAGCGUUACAUGGUCGACGCAGACCUCCAGACCAGCACGCUAGACUCCAUUGUCAACUCCUCGUGUAAAGUUGAUCUCCAUGGCAACAUCAUUCCAUCAGCUCUUGGAGGCAAGCGAAGGGUGGACUAUGUGAUUCACCGUAAAAAUGUUUCUAGAGCAUCAAAGUACAAGUUUGUGAGUCGCUUGGCAACCUUGACUGACCAUAUACCAGUGGCUCUCACAGUGGAAACUUGACCAUGUAACGUGUCCAUGGAAACACGUUAUAAACUUGACCAUGUAAAGUAUUACCAUGGAAACGUGGACUGCUUUCAUCUACAGCAUCUACAGUAGACCAUGGGUGUGACUGUUUCUUGUUUAUAAGAAUGAUAAUUUAUACUUAUCAGAGUUUUUUAUCUUUUUAACUGCAGUAUUCUUUGUUUACUUUGUGUAUAAGCUUGUUGUGUUAAUUGACUUAUAAAGUGAGUGAGGGAAUUUUGUGUGUUUACAAGUGGGAGGAUGAGGAUUUGAUGCAUUAUUUAGUUCAUCUGAGCUGUGAGCUGACGGGACAAACUACUUGAUAUGCCGUGGGGGUUCAGGUAUUUCAUGGAGUUUUUGUCAAAUAUAUCUUCCUGGUUAAGACGUAAAUCAUUAGUUUGUCCGAUUAUGUCAAUUAACAGAAUUACUGUUUGUAAGCAAUGAUAAAAUUAUUCUGUUUCUUGCUAAAGUCCCAUACCUUGACCCCUAGAAUAUUUGAUGUUGUGUGCCUCAGUGUGAAUGUUUCUUACAAACAUAACAGCAUUUUAGAACAUGUAUACAUAUUUCUUAUACAGUGAGUGAGUGAGUUAAGAUUUAUAGUCACAUCUGGAAUAUUUCGGCCAUAUGGUGACUUUUCUUAUACAGUCACGUGAUGGCCGAUGGUAUAUGGGCAAUAACAAUUAUAGAGGAUCUCUGUUUCCUCCAUACCUCCCUGAGAGCUUAGAACCAAACUUGGUGAUCUGAAGAGAUCACAUAUAUACCGGUACUUGUAUGAUUUUCAGUUGACAGCCAGACAUCUAUGAUUUACAUAUGGUUCUGUCAUCUGCAAGAUUUAACAAUUUUAUUUAAAAUCAGUUUUCUAUGACUGAACAAUUCUUUUGUUAAAUAUGUAUACAUAUAUAUUUUGAGAAUUAAAAAAAUCAUGAUUACAGA